GAUCUACAAACCUUUUACUUAUACUUCUAACAAACAACUUCUUUUUCGACAAACUUGCAAAUCUAUUGUUGUUGUGCUUGUCACAAUAACUGUAGUUUUUGGACUACCCCUUCUUUGACAUUGUACAAAACCUCCAUCCUUUUGCAAGCUUCCACAAGUCUUCAACUUCGAGCCCUUGACGUGGAAAGUUGAAACUCCAGUUGAUCAAUCCAACUUACAGAGAUCGAUAAGCACCUAAGCACCUACUGUAUGACUUACUGCAGAAUGACACGCCAACCUUCCGAUCAGUCUCUUGACGCUCCUCACCAACCCGCCAACCCUUUCCCUAUUCCUACUACCCAAUCUGCCCUUCCUCCCCAAAAGUCUGCUGCUCAACAAACAUCAUCAUCUGAUCAUGUUUGUAAGUCCACCAAUGUUGUGUCCUGCAGCGUUGAACAAGGCCAAGAAGAUGUUUUCGUACCACCUCCACGAUUGACAUACUUGGAUUUGUUGAUCAUUGAAAAUUCAGGAUUUCCAAGUAUGGCUGAGUUCGAGAUCUUCCUCCAGCUAUACCAGAAAUCAUACUAUCAUAUGGAACUAGCGGAACGCAAAAAACUCUUCCAGCAAGUAGAGAUUCUUCGACAAAGCAUGCGCCAUCCGCAAUCAAUUCAAGCGCUGGUAGAAGCACAGCAAAGUAUUCAAGCCGGUCAACCAUUCCUCAGCCUCAAACAUUAUGCGAACUUCAGCCGAAACGGAUACAUGCUUACCUCCAUGAUCAGUCGCUGCCUCAAUCUUACCUCUUUUGCUCUGCAGCGAGCCGUUUUUAACGCCGCAGCAGAAGUAACUAGGAACAGUGACAAGUCAAGCAUAGCAACUAUUUCAGGCAAAACCUGUGAAGACAUCUUAUCUCGUGGUGUGCAACACUGGACUGCUGAGGAUAUCUUAAAGCUUGAGACAAUCGUCUACAUCCGCCCCUCUGAGCACCACGUCAACAACCCUCCAUCUAAGGUCACUACACGUACUGAUUUGUCACCUUUCUCGUACAAACCACUUCCUCAUUGCCCAGAUCCUCCUAUGUAUCGAAGUAUGAAAACCGAGUCAAACAAUUCAGCUUUAUCCUUGCAACAACCUUGGACAUACAGCCAGUGUUUGGACUACCUUGCUGGUCGCACAAUAGACUUCAUGAAUUCUCGUAAUCCAGAAGCUUUCUUCUUCAGCUUACCUUCCGACGACAAGCUGCAAGGCAUGACAGCGGAUCAACGCGCAGAGUUUGUUCGUAAGCAUAUUAUAGAGCAAGAUGCAAAGCGUGAUCUAUCAAAGUCAGGCAAUUGUUUGUGUCCUGUUGAUUCGAAAACCUCCGAGCGUCUCAUUCAAGGUACACAAAGCAGUCUACUUCCGGAGCUUGAUACUACUGCAUCGACCUCAAAAGGCAACCCUUACAUCCAGGGAACCCUUGACAAUUAUCGAAACCGCAAAACCCACGAUAUCUUCAGUAGUGGAGGUAGACAUGGAUUUCAAUCACCAUCCAUCUCUAGUGCAGAUUGUGGAAGUGGAAUGGGAUAUAGACGUCAGCAGACAUCGAGCAUUGCCGCAGAUGACGGAUGUUGCGAUUCAGACCUAGGAGAUGACGAUGAUUCUGAUUGGGCUCCUAAUCAAUCUGAAAAUUUGAGUCCACCAUCGAGAUCAACAAAGCGCGUAUCUUUCGCUACAUCGGCGACAGAUAUACCAGGACAUCUUCGCGAACGGGAAAAUACUAUCAUUGCGUCUGAUUUUAUCUCUUUUACAGAAUCAGAGUCAGGGAAUGAUCAUGCAAACACUAAAGACAAUGAAUCAUUGAGCGAAAGCAUUCGCGAUCGUCAAGAUUUUCUUUGGACAGCUCCUGUAACUCAUGCUGCUUCUGCGGUCGACGUUUCACUCGCUUCUGGUGAUGAAAAUAAUAUUCUUGUCCCAGUUAGCCCACCUCGUGCCUCUGUCUCAAAGAGAAGAAAUAGAAAACACCCAUCGACUCGAAGUCAUCGAGUAGCUCAACCAGGUGCUCAACGACGCGGUGGGGACUUUAAUGCUUUGCUCGAUACCUUGGAGAAACACCAGUUGCAAUUGGCCUCACUUCCAAAAUUAAACAAUGAGAAUGUCGAUUUGUGGAAUGAAAAUCUUCAAAAGGCAACCAAAAAAUCUCAAGGUCUUAAAUCCCAAGAGGCUUUGUUUCCCACUUGGGAAGAGGUUCCGCUGCAACAAGGCAAUUCAGAUGUUGGACAUGCUGUUCAAGAAGACUCGAUGCUAGCCAUGCAAGAAAUGUUACUGGAGCAACAAAAAAAGAAGAGAAUCCAAUUAUUGCGAGAUCAGGCUGUUCUACAAGCUAUGCUUGUCUCAAAAACUGGUCCAAAGAAUGAGCAUGACCUUAAAGCUUCAGUAUAUAAACCGGCAUUGUUAACAGUGGAACAGGAAAGCAAGAAUCAAGUUGAAUCGAAACGCCAAGAACAGGUUACUAUGCCAGCUACUUCUCUCUCCUUGGAGAAAGCUAGUCAAACAAAGCCUGUAGAAUCUCUUGCUUCUCUCGAAAAUGGCCAAACUGUUUUCAAUGGUCCCCCAAAAUCUGACGGUCUCACGUUGAAGGAGGCUCCGCAAUUCGAACUUGGUCGGUUUGGAAAGCUUAAGAACCGUUCCGCGCUCCAUGCUCCCCGUGUUGGAAAACUCUCUGCUUCUUCCAGGGCUCCCAAAGACUUGAAAAAAGAUAGGGCCGCCAAGUUCGAUGACCUUAAGAAAUUUGCGGAUGAGUUCAAGAUGUCCACUCCAGUGCCAAGUGACAUUGCCUUUAUCAAUCACGGCCCUCUUCUUAUUGCUAUCAAGGAAGAGAAUCUUCUUCGUGCUAAGGGUGCUGCAAUUGAUGAGUCUAAAGCGAGAAGAAUCUCAGUUGAAGAAGCUACUCGUCUUCUUGCUGCUCAGAAAUUGGCUAAAGAAAUUUCGACUGCUACAAAUUCCGCAACUGGUACAACUCCUCCCAUUCCUGCAAGUCAUCGAUUGAAUGAUUUCAAUUUCGGCAUUACAGCUACAACAUAUGAUCAAGACCGUUUCAUACGAAUUACCAAUAGCAGCUUCAAGAGUCAUAAUGCUAACCAUGGUAUUCACAGUUUCGAACAAGGCGGUUCAAUGAAUGCUGAGUGCAGUAGUCGUUCUGAGAGAUCGAGAUUGAGAUUGAGAUUCGAUGACUUGAGUGGCGAAUUGUUCUAGGCAAGCGAUGAUUGAUGAUGGAUACGAAUAUUGCGAAUUGAUAAAUGGAUAAGAUAUAAUGGGAAAGAAACAACUCCUCGAAGUUCUGAGAUACAUGCCGCUAUAAGGGUUGUGAAAUGGAGGUCAAACGAGUUGUGCCACAUAUUCAAAGCCAGGGAGACUCUUAACUAGUUACUCUAUGGAGAAUUGGACAUUAACGUGGACAUCGCAGGUAGUCUAAUUCAUUAGUUAAGCAUAUACA